UUAUUUCCAAAAAGUCUUAAACAAAAUAAUAAAAUACAACGUGCUGUAGCUAAGAAAAGACUUUAAAAGCCGGUCUUAUCAGUUUUUAUGUUUUCUUCUUCUACUACUUGUUGUUGUGGCUCUUAACUUGGCUUACAGAAGAAGAACAAAAAACAACACAACUGCAACAACAAUAAUAAUAAAAAAAAAUUAUUAAGAAAUUGAUGUUGAUCAAGAAUAAUAAAAGAAAAGUAGUCAGUUGUGAGUGAGUGAAGUGACACAUUUGUUUUGUUUGUGUGUGAGAAACCAAACAACAAAAAAAAAACAAAUUUUAAGAAAAAAAGAUAAAAUAAUUAGGUUACAAUUAAAUAUUUAAAGUGCGCGGCUAUUAGAUUUUUUUUUCAAAAAUUUCUUUCUUGAAUUGAAUUUUGGGAAAGAAUCAAAAAAAAAAAUAGCAAAUAAUUGUUACGAAUUUUGUGUGUAAAUGAGCUUAAGUGCUGAGAAAUCUUUCAGAAUGAAGAUGCGCGAUGUGGAGACAGCCUUCAAGUAUAGGCGCUUUCCCUAUCCCAAAAGAUCGGUUGAAUUGAUUGCCCUGCUGGCCAUAUCCUGUACAUUUUUCCUAUUUAUGCAUACAAACAAACUCAACAGUCGUCUUAAAGAGAUGGAAAUGAAAUUACAGCCAUCAGAAUUUUCAGCACUUGGUCUGACAGGCAGUAAUCAUUUGGAUUCACCCAAACGUGAAGAUAUCAAUACAUUACAUGGCACCUAUCAAUACCUCAAAAGUACCGGCCAGCUUAAGAACUUAAACGCCUACCGGCUGAAUAACACCCGCAAAGCUGACCUAGAUGUUAUAUUUUUCAAUCGUUGUGCCAAGGUAGGCAGCGAAGCUCUCCUGGAGCUAUUUGGUAUUUUAGAAUCUUUCAACGAUGGUCUGAAUCUAGAACGCGAGGGUUUACAUCGUCUCACGAAGCGUCAAUUCAAACGUGGCGAACAACGUGAACUGGCCGAACAAAUUUCCGAACUUACCGAAGGUUCGAUAUGGAUACAACAUGUGAAUUGGAUAGAUUUUCAAGAAUUUGAUUUUCCAAAACCGAUUUACAUUAAUAUGGUACGCGAUCCGGUGGAAAGAGUUAUAUCUUGGUAUUUCUAUGCUAGAGGUGCCUAUAAGAAUGCGAUCGAAUAUAUAAAAGAUCCCACCAAGCCGAUUAGACCAGAAUCAUGGUAUAAGAAAGAUUUCAAUCAUUGUGUGCGCAGCGGUGAUCCCGAGUGUCAAUAUGUACCGUUUAGUGUUAAGGAUUAUGUGGGCAAUUUCAAGCGUCAGUCGUUGUUCUUUUGUGGCCAUCAUGAUGAUUGUAUACCCUUCAAUUCGCCCGCCGCCGUACAAAUGGCUAAAGAGCAUGUAGAGCGAGACUAUGCGGUAGUGGGCACCUGGGAAGAGACCAACAUAACUCUAACCGUUUUUGAAAAAUACAUACCAAGAUUCUUUAAUGGCGCCAAACUUUUAUUUGAAAUGAAUAUCGACAAAGUUACCAAUCGUAAUAAGAAUAAACGUAAACCGAAAAUCGAUGAUGAUGUCAAGGCCAUGAUACGUAAAAAUUUCACUCAUGAAUAUGAUUUUUAUUAUUUCUGCAAGCAGCGUUUAUAUAAACAAUAUUUGGCGGUCAGUUUAAAGGAGUUGCAGGCCCAUAAUUUAUUGGAUUAA